UUUGUUGUAAUAACAUCUAUAUAGCCCUAAAUAUAUCAGCUGCUUUUGACAACUAACGAAAACAAAACAAACGGUUUGUUGUGAACACACGUGUGUUCUUUAAGAAAAAGUCCUUUUAAUUUACAAAAAUGAAGCCGAAAAAGAAGUUAGGUGUUGGAUUGAGCCGAGAAGAGCGACAGGUUAUCGUUAUUGGUGAAAUAAUACAGGAGCUGUUACAGGCACACGAAGAUAAAAAGGAUGUUAAUCUAAAUCGCAUGAAAUCUCGAAUAUCAUCCAAAUAUGGUUUGGAAAGCUCUCCGCGUUUGGUUGAUAUUAUUGCAGCAGUGCCACAAGAAGCCAAGAAAAUUCUGUUACCUAAAUUGAGGGCCAAGCCCAUAAGAACAGCUAGUGGUAUUGCCGUGGUUGCUGUAAUGUGUAAACCUCAUCGUUGUCCCCAUAUCAAUAUGACCGGCAAUAUUUGUGUUUACUGCCCAGGUGGCCCAGACAGUGAUUUUGAGUAUUCGACACAAUCGUAUACAGGCUAUGAGCCAACAUCUAUGCGUGCCAUACGAGCUCGCUACAAUCCAUUUUUGCAAACAAGACAUCGCGUGGAACAGUUAAAACAGUUGGGGCACUCCGUUGAUAAGGUGGAGUUCAUUGUUAUGGGAGGCACAUUCAUGUGCUUGCCAGAGGAUUAUCGUGACUAUUUCAUACGAAACUUACACGAUGCCUUGUCGGGUCACACAAGUGCUAAUGUUGCUGAAGCUGUUCGUUAUUCGGAAAAAUCACGAACCAAGUGUAUUGGUAUUACAAUUGAAACAAGGCCAGAUUAUUGUCUAAAACGUCAUAUAUCGGAUAUGUUAUCCUACGGUUGCACACGUUUGGAAAUUGGUGUUCAAUCGGUGUACGAAGAUGUGGCCAGGGAUACAAAUCGUGGUCACACCGUCAAGGCUGUAUGUGAAAGUUUUCAUUUGGGUAAGGAUGCAGGCUAUAAAAUUGUAACCCACAUGAUGCCUGAUUUGCCAAAUGUCGACUUUGAACGGGAUAUUGAACAGUUUAUUGAAUAUUUUGAGAAUCCAGCCUUCCGUUCAGAUGGUCUAAAAAUUUACCCAACAUUGGUAAUUCGUGGUACUGGAUUGUACGAGUUGUGGAAGACUGGCCGUUAUAAGUCAUAUCCACCUUCAAUGUUGGUUGAUUUGGUUGCCAAGAUAUUAGCUUUGGUUCCACCAUGGACGCGUGUAUAUCGUGUACAGCGCGAUAUUCCUAUGCCAUUAGUCAGCUCUGGAGUUGAACAUGGCAAUUUACGAGAAUUGGCUUUGGCUCGCAUGAAAGAUCUAGGCACUGAAUGUCGAGAUGUGCGUACCAGAGAGGUCGGCAUUCAAGAAAUCCACAACAAAGUGCGUCCGUACGAAAUCGAACUAAUUCGUCGGGAUUAUGUGGCCAAUGGUGGUUGGGAAACUUUCCUAUCAUAUGAGGAUCCGACGCAAGACAUACUCGUGGGGCUUUUACGUUUACGUAAAUGUUCACCAGAAACAUUUAGGCCGGAGUUAAAAGAAGGUCAAUGUUCGAUAGUCCGAGAAUUACAUGUGUAUGGAUCUGUGGUACCAGUUAACGCAAGGGACCCCACCAAGUUCCAACAUCAAGGAUUUGGUAUGCUGCUAAUGGAAGAAGCUGAAAGAAUAGCCCGUGAAGAACACGGCAGCACAAAGCUAGCAGUAAUAUCUGGUGUUGGAACCAGAAACUACUACCGUAAAAUGGGUUAUGAACUAGAUGGACCCUACAUGUCAAAGAAAAUCGCUUAAUUGUCGGUUGUGAUUUGAAUUUUUUUUAUUUAAAUAUUAUGUACUACUUAAAAUGUAAAAUUACAUACUUUGUAAAACUCUA